AUGGCUGAAGGUGCAUCAGUUAAUCUAGGAAAUAUUUCGACCAAGUCAUUGCCGAUGGUAAUCAUGCAGCAUGCGAGCUUUUUGUACCGUCAGCGCACCCUUAGAGGUUUGCGCUCCACCAUCAAGACCACCACUGCCUCCACUACCAGCUGGUGCAAGAUUCUUAGCACUAAAAAUAUUCGGAACACCGCAGUCCCGCACACUUUACUUCCUAGUCGAAGCAAAAAGUCGUGUUCGAGAAGUCUACACGCAAACAUGUCAUCACUUCUCAAAGCAAGGAAUGUUGGACACCGAUCUGUUUGGCUUGGCAGUUCUGAUCGAGGGGAGGGAGAAGGGGUAACAAGACGCGAUGAAAAACAACAUCUUGGCCUCAUAAAAUUUUGUAUAAUCUUAAAAAACGUCAAAGAAAGAUAUCUUGAGCAUAAAUUUGCUACUGUCGAUAAAAAUCUUUGA